AUGCAUUUCACAAACAUCUUUCUCUUCGGGCUGGUCGCAACCGCGACUGCCAUGCCCCAGAAGAGAGGAGGGAGGAGGAAGUGUUCAAGCGUUAUACCCUCCACAACCGGAACCUUCGAUCACGUUUCGACAACCCCGAUCCUCAGUAGCUCGUCUUCGAUCGUCGUCACUCCAAGCUCAAGCGAUCACGUUUCAACCCCAACCGUCUCGACUCCGAUUUCAAGCAGCGCUACUCCUGGCACCUCCAGCGAGGUAGCCUCGACUCCGAUCAGCUCCGAAUCCUCUGAUACUACCCCCAGCACAACCGCUGCAGCUAGCACGACCCCGGAGAGCUCGACCGUCGCCAGCUCGACUCCAGGCAGCUCCAAUGAAUCCAGCACCCCGAUCGCGAGCUCAACCGAUUCUGGCUCUACAGUUCCCAGCUCAACUCCUAGCAGCACAAGUGAAUCAAGCACUACGAUUGCGAGCCCAGUCGUUCCCAGCUCUACAAUCGCCAGCACAACUUCCGUCGCCAGCACAACUUCCGUCGCCAGCACAACUUCCGUUGCCAGCACGACUGCAGCCAGCACGGGUCCUGCUCGGCCCCGACCAACAUCCUCCGGAGAUCUUCGACCAGGCUUUGAAUACACCUCAUGCACAAGCCCUGGCGUGGUUGGUCUUGCGUUCGCACAAGGUCCUUACGACUUCACAGCCGAAGCUCUCGACCUCCUCGACGCAGCUGGCUUCAAAGCCACCUUCUUCCUCAACGGAAACAACUGGGGCUCGAUCUACGACUAUUCAAGCGUCGUCCAGCGAAUGUAUACCUCAGGCCACCAAGUUGGCUCCAACACUUGGAACAAUGCCCAACUCGACGCUCUGGACAGUAACGGGAUCGAACAGGAACUACUCCAGCUUGAAGAUGCCUUGCGCAGCAUAAUCGGGGUGUAUCCUACGUAUCUUCUACCUCCCAACGGCAAAACGAACCAAUUGGUCCGCGACACGGCCGCAAACCUGGGCUAUAAAAUCAUCAAGCCCGACAUCAUCACCUAUGACGAACAGCACCAAGGGGAUAUCAGCACGGCCAUCAACAACUUCAUCGCUGGUCUAGACUCUGGCGGUACCAUCGCUCUGGUCCACGACCCCUACCAGGCAACCGUGGAAACUAUGCUCCCGCAGAUGAUCCAAGCGAUCGAGUCGAGGGGCCUGACGGCUGUCUCCUUGGGCCAGUGUUUCGGCAGGCCUGUCACUAACUCUUACUCCACGGCUCCUUAG